GCACGAAAAAUUUAGAACUGCUUUUAUUGGAGGGCAAUGAAGAUCGACGACACACAGGAAAAGGACCCGACCACUGACACCGUCGUCAACCCCAAUAAACCCAUUUUAGGGCAAAUUCGAAAGGGAGCACUUUUGCGCACUACCAGGCCGCCGGAAUUGAAGACGUACGGGGAAGUCGACGCUGUCGAAAAUAAUGGUCCGAUUUACACGUAGGCUCAAAAUCCGCCGGGAUCCGAAUUUGGCGGGAGUUGGAGCAGCCAGGAACCUGUUAUUGCGUGACCGAUGCCAGUGGAAGGGAGCGCCAGCGGGUGCACAUAAGGAACGCUAUGUCUGGGCGCACAGAAGGAAGGCUCUGCUGCUCUCAAGUUUUCGUUAUGACGAUGAUGCUGAUUGCGAUGCUGAUGAUGAUGAUGAUGAUGAUGACGAGGACGGUGGCGUUGUUGAUGACUACGACGAUGUCGGUGAUGAUGAUGAUGAUGGUGAUGAUGAUGAUGAUGAUGAUGUCGUUGAUGAUGAUGAGGAUGAUGAUGAUCAUGAUGAUGAUGAUGGUGUUGAUGAUGAUGACAACGAUGAUGAUGAUGAUGAUGAUGAUGAUGAUGAUGAUGAUGAUGAUGAUGAUGAUGAUGAUGAUGACGACGUUGAUGAUGAGGAUGCUGCUGCUGCUGCUGAUGAUGAUGAUGAUGACGACGAUGAUGAUGAUAAUGAUGGUGAUGAUGAUGAUGAUGAUGAACGCAAAGAAGGAAUGUGGAAGCGCCGACAACUGGACCUCAGCAGCGGGGAGAAGGACGGGAAAGAGUUGGCGACGAGAGGGACGCCCGCAGACACGUGGCGCAACAGCGGAGCAGCAAAGGCGAUGGAGGAGGUCGCAGAAGGAACGUCGCGCGCGAAUGCGCUCAUCACGGCUGAAGAUGCGAAUGCGCUGCACCAGACCCCAGGCAGCGGAGCCCCAAACUUUCAACAGCCGUGUGGUCCUGUAAUCUUCGUCGAAGCCAACAAGCGCCGUAGGGUUCUGGGGGCUGUCUUGCGGUGGGAGAAUGCGAAAGACAGUCGUCGGCGGUUCUACAUGAAAAAUGUGUACGGUUCCAAGGGGAACGUCGUCGCCGGUGCCAAGGGGGCGGUUCUCGACAUUUGUCUGUUCGAGGGGUUCGGAGCUGGUGCUGCGAACACCCCGUUCUACAACGACCUCCGGCGGCAGGGCGGGUUUGUUUUGGGUCGAGAGUUCUUGAACUUGUUGGAGGACAAGGACAUCGCCCUCGACGUCCCUUGCGAUGUCGGCCCCGACCUGGAACUAUCAACGCCUUUGCAGUUGUGCGGUGGUUCGGAUCCCGGAGAAGAGGCAGUCCAGUGUGGGUCUGACUUGGAGCCCAGCGAGGGCCAUGACGCGGACGACAAGGCCGUGGGCGGUGAGGGAGCGCAGGGGGCUCCCCAAAAAAGGAGGGGAGAUUGUCAAGAGGACGUGGUAGGCUCUUCGAAGAAACAGAAGACGAGGACCCCGAAGACUACGGAAGAGAAACGGAAGGGAAGGGGGCUGGAAGAGGACCACCAAGGUAGCAAACGUCCGGCUUCAAAACAGAAACAGCCUGCGUCAGGACCUUCCACGACAAGGUCUGCCAUCGACGUGGACGUCGGGUACUUCCUGGAGUACAAAGACGGCGUCAGGACAAGGCGGGAGUUUGAGAUUAGCCCGGCUCAGAUCGUCGACCUCGGGGAGUGGGAGGAUCUUUACAACCAGCGAUCGCUGGAUCCUGUCCUCGUGGGAACGAUAAAAGAAAAAAUGAAGUAUGCGUUCGAAAAUAAAGAGCAGACGUACGAGUUGCCGAUCUUCAAGGUCGCACCACUGGGGCUUCAAAAACCAACUCCCGGGACCAAGGCUCAACGUCUGAAGCCGGAGGAGUGGAAGGACGAGCUGGCGGGAGAAUACUACUACUACGCGGUGUGCGGGCAGCUUUACGCGGUUGCAGCCCGGUCACUGCUCGGGAGCGAGGUGGCCAAGAAGUACAAUUUCGAGCGGUGGCCGGCGCGAAUGCUUUACUUUUCGGACGAUGACUUCGAAGGGUAUUUUCUUGUCACCCAGGCGGAUGUGUCCGAGAUUCCCUUUGUGCCUUGCGAUUGGUCGCGGGUGGCGCCGGAACGACAGGGGAGUGUCUACGGGGAUAUGGAACGCAAUCCGACACAAUUCGUCGGUCUUCUUGAUUUCCUUGGCAAGAAGGGAGAGGGUGUCAUGUUCCUUGGGAAACCGCACGCGCGAAGCGUCUGGGAUCUUCUGAAGGUCGGCCGGCACGUUGUCGCGAUGCAAGGGAACGCCGAGCUCUUGCAAUUCACAAUGCAGGUGGUGAAAAGCGAGCAACAAGACGGAUAUGUGGUUCAAGUUGAGCGAGAGGAAGAGGACAAGAUAUACGAUUUCUUGUUCCUUCAAACACGGUCGAGGAAGGACUUUGACGCCGAGUACGUCCGCCGGAAGAACCACAUGUUCGCACUGCUCGACAACUACCACUUCGCCUCCCGCAUGAACGCGAAGACGUUCCUUGAUAGGUUGCAGUCGCAGUACUUCGUGGAGUCCGAGGAGCAGUUGAAGUUAUCCAGUUACGCUUCCCUGAUCUCCACUGAUGACGAAGAAGCCACAGGUGUGGAGUUUGUCGCCAACGCGAAGGAGGAGGAGAGCGACACAGAGAGCAUUGAUCUGCAGUACGACCCACCUCCGGCGGACCACGGCAGAGGGUCGUCGUCGGCCGGUCUGUUAUCGAGCGCUGCAGCCCUCGUGUCGCCGUCGGCCAAAUCGCCAUCGGGCACCACGCCGAUGAAGUUGAUGGAGAGACUAAGAGCUCUGGCCGUCCCCCCGCCUGCCUUGCGUCUCGGGUCCGACAUCCCGCCCGAUCAUCCAUCUUGGCAGGAUGACCACAUCCACUUCCUGCUUGAGCCACAACGUCAUUCGCCUGAGCUGGAAUGGGGCCAUGACAUGGUGUGGCAUCCGGGAGUCAUCAAGCCAGCAAUACGAAAGGGCGAGUGGGUCAUGGCCGUUGCAAUCCCGGGCGCGGGAUGGGCGUCAUUCCCGCGCGAGUCGAAGUCCAACUUCCUGCACCUCGCGAGGAUUUCGAUCCUCCAGAAAGUGACGACCGAGAAUGACACCUUUGCACCCGGCAACCUGUCCCUCAUUUCCACAUCCGGUCGACUGUUCGACGAGCUUGAGGACAAGUGCUCGUUGGAAUUGACGGAGGACUACUACGACCUCGACACGAGUCCGUCGAAGGGCAUGGUGGACUGGAAAGUGCCCCCUCCCAGUGGCCCGGACGGUAGUUCCGGGGGGGGGGCACCUGGAAGUGGAGGGGAUGGGGGUGGUGGCGCGGGGGGUGGCAAAGGAGUCCCGACUCGUGGGGAGAGGGGGUCUAACGGCCGCAACACGAUACCGGGAGGCAGCGGCGGGGUGGCGGGUUUUGCCGUCGACCGGCCUCCGUUGACAGGCACCUGGCCGGAUCAUACGACACAGUCCGCCGACCUCCUGACUUCGUCCGUGGGCUCAGCGAGGGACAAGUUGGCCGCUUUGCUUGCUCUGGGUAGUCGCUCCAGCGGAAAGUUGAAGUCUGCCGGGACCCGAACUACAUCCGCUGAGGAACCCCCAAAGCGGUUCGGAAUGCAAAGCCACUCGGGAUCGGGGGGGCCAAGCAAGGAUCCCGAAAUUAACAGCAUUGCGGCGCGGGACGGAAACAUGGGAAAGGUGCCGCCUGAGCAGGAGCGACGACCGCAAGGAUUGCAGCGAGAGGCUGCAGGUACAGGGUCCGACGACACGGAGACGACGAAGUCCGCCGAGAUCCGAACUUCUUCGGGCGGGGGGUGUCGGCCAGGGAUUGUCGUGCCGUUGAGAGGGGCAGCGUGCACGGAGACGGAAGGGCGGUCCUCGGGAUUCAGCACGGGUAUCGCGGAAGGGGAUGAGUUUCGUGGAAGGGAAGUAGGAGAGAAAAUGGAGGAAUGGAGGGGAGCGCUAGAAGGGGAGGAAGAAGGGGAGGAAGAGGGGGAAGAAGAGGAGGAAGGGGAGGAAGCGGGAGAAACGUAGGUACUUUGCUUGCAGGGAGGGAGGGUGCCGGAUCUGGAGACGACGAGGUGGAGCACAGUGAGGACGAUGCCAGAUCUGGAGAGUCGUCUGACGAAUUCGGACAAUUGUACGGAGAGCAUCACGAGGAUGAUGUCGACGAUGAUGCCACGACAAUAG